GACUUUCGUGGUGAGCACGUGACGUUUGGAAAGAUAUUUUUAAAAACUAGUAGUGCCAGAAGGAGCUAGUGCCAACAGACGUUUAGUAGUCGUUAAAAUAAAUUACAAGAUGAAGUAUUUUGUGGUCUUUGCCGUGCUCGCAUGCAGUUGGAGUGCACUUGCCUUCCCUCUCGGAGAAGAAUUAGAUGCAGCGAAAGAAGUCGCGCAAAGUGCGCAAGAAGUAGCUCAGGCCGUACCUCAAGAUGUAAGCGACAAACUCAACCUGACGCCCGUAGCGGACCAACCACAACCCGAAGCGGAGAAAAAGGAAGAAGCACCGGCAGCCGAAGAAAAAUCGGCUCCUGAAGAACCGGCUAAACAGGCAGAUGAACCAGCAUCGCCUGAACCCGCUAAAGUCGAACAAGCUCAAGAGGCAGCAGCCCCAGCAGCUGAAGAAAAGCCAGCUGAACAACAACCAGCGGCUGAUGAAGCUGCCAAACCAGCUGCCGAGGAACCAGUAAAGGAAGCUAAAGCCGUGGAACCAGAACACCACGAGCACGUGGAAUCAGAACAACACGCUGAACCAGAACAAGUUCAACCAGUUCAAGCUGAUGCAGCACCCGAAGCACCAGCCGCUACUGAGGAAAAGCGAGCAGCUGAGCCACAAGCCGCUGAAGAGAAACAAGAACAACCUGCUCAAGACGAACCAAAAGCUGAGGAAAAAGCAAUUGUCGAUGAUGCCGUACGAGUAGUUCGCGAUACUGAUAUAACUGAACCAGCUAAAGUAGAAGAAGCAGCCAAAGCCGAAGAACCAGCCAAAGCAGAAGAACCAAUCAAAGAAGCAGCUGCCGAGGCACCUGCAGCAAAGGCCGCUGUAGAAGAAGAAACUCAAGCAGCUAGCCAUGAUGAACCAGCCAAGCAAGAAGCACCAGCAGCCGUAUUGCCAGAACCAAAAGCCGUAGAAGAGAAACAAGAAGAACAAGCUGCACCAGUUCAACAAGAUGAACCAGCACCAGCACCAGCAGCCGAAGCUAGUCCCGCUGAACCAGCUAAAGAAGCAGCUCCCGCACCAGCCCCUCAGGCCAAAAGCUCAGAGGAAAAAUCGAGCGAAGAAAAAUCCAGUGCCGAAGAAGUAAAACCAGAGGUCAAAUCUGAAGCGGUGGCUUCCGAUUCCAAGGAAAGCUCCGAAGAAGCAAAACCAGCUUCAGCGUAGAUUUAUAAAAUCAAACAAAAAAAUUCAACGCGUCCCACGCUUAGUUCGAUGGUAAUCUCGAACUCAGCGUGAGUCCGUUAGGUUGAAGGCAUCACGAAGCGCUUGCCAACAGCCGCGCCACGUGAUGCUACCACACCCUUCGUUGUUCCAAUUUACCUAAUUUCCCAAAACCUUAGAUUUUCCUUUAAACCAUUCUCUAUUUAUAGCCCUGAGGCAGAAAAGGUCGAAAAGGGCAAUAGGAUAUUUGAAUUGAGAUGUUUCCGCAAGACGGUCGCCGUGCCGUCUAUGUUUCUAGAGUAGCGUAGACUGAUGUCAAAUUAAGACCUGCGGGUCAAGGGUUCUCUAGUGAAGUCAAGAAAAGACUUCCUUGAGCAAACCUACAAUUGAUUGAAACCAUAUAUUUAAUUUACGAUUUUAUCCAAAUAAACUAUUAUGCAGUGUUCGAAAUAAUUCCCUAUCAUUCAUUCUAGUAUUAUCUUGAAUUAAAAUAAAUAUAAUUAGUUAUAUGUUAUUGUAAGUGUA